GCUGUCAAUGUGAGCUUGAGGCGAACAUUUCUGAUAGAGAAUAGAGUGGAGGAGGAGAGCGCGUGAGUAGAUCCUUCCAGCCAAUGGCUUCCGCUUCUAUGAUCAACUCCCUGAUUUUCACUCUCUGCAACUCCGGCGCCAAAUCAGACGUCUUCUUCUUGAAUUCUUCGGCGAAUUCUAGAUGCCAAACUCUGGGACGCAUUUCAUCUCUUAAGUCCAAGAAGAACAAUUUGUAUGGGGCAGUCUCUUCGUCUUCUGUCUCUGUUGUUUGUAAGGCGGUGUCUGUUAAACCGCAGACUGAGAUUGAAGGCCUCAACAUCGCCGAAGAUGUAACUCAGCUGAUAGGUAAGACUCCCAUGGUCUACCUGAACAAUAUCGUCAAGGGAUCUGUGGCCAACAUUGCCGCUAAGCUUGAAAUAAUGGAGCCAUGUUGUAGUGUCAAAGACAGGAUUGGUAAUAGCAUGAUAUCUGAUGCUGAGCAGAAAGGACUCAUUACACCAGGAAAGAGUAUCUUGGUUGAGCCUACCAGUGGAAACACAGGAAUUGGUCUUGCAUUUAUUGCUGCUUCAAAGGGAUACAAACUAAUAUUAACAAUGCCAUCAUCGAUGAGUAUGGAGAGGAGAGUUCUUUUAAAGGCAUUUGGAGCUGAACUUGUAUUAACUGAUCCAGCAAAAGGCAUGAAGGGAGCAGUUCAGAAAGCUGAAGAGAUUUUAAAAAAGACACCUAAUUCUUACAUGCUUCAACAAUUUGACAAUCCUGCCAACCCUAAGGUACACUAUGAGACAACCGGCCCGGAGAUAUGGGAAGACACUAGUGGCAAGGUGGAUAUUUUUGUUGCAGGAAUUGGAACAGGUGGAACAAUUUCUGGUGUUGGCCGGUUUCUGAAACAGAAAAAUCCAAAAAUUAAGGUUAUUGGUAUUGAACCUACAGAAAGUAACAUACUUUCUGGAGGAAAGCCUGGACCUCACAAAAUUCAGGGAAUUGGAGCUGGUUUUGUACCCAAGAAUUUGGACGAAGGUGUCGUUGAUGAAAUCAUACAGAUAUCCAGUGAAGAAGCUAUUGAGACGGCAAAACAAUUAGCACUGCAGGAAGGCUUACUGGUGGGCAUUUCUUCUGGAGCUGCAGCUGCUGCUGCACUGGAAGUAGGAAAAAGACCGGAGAAUGCUGGAAAGCUUAUUGCGGUGGUAUUCCCUAGCUUUGGUGAACGAUAUCUAUCCUCGGUCCUUUUCCAAUCAAUUCGAGAAGAAUGUGCAAACAUGCAACCUGAGCCAUGAAGUACCUAUCUAUCUUCUAAGGAAUUUAAGUGAAAAAAAAAUAAGGCUUUAGUGGUUGUCUUUAUUUUUUGAUAACGUAUCACCGCGGUACUUCUCCAUUGGAUGUGCAUAAACGGAUGCAAUCGCCAUCAACUAGUCUCCUUUUUCUCUUUUUCCGUUCCGUUUAAGCCAAGUUAUUCAUUCCUUUUUCGUUAGUUCUAUUGGAGUCUGAGCUUUCGUAUGAAAGGUAAAAACCUGAAUAUAAUUUUUCCUUCACCAUUAUGGAUUAAUGUAUCGUUUAUGGGCAUAACUUGCAGAUAAAUAAAUUAGACAAUGAUGGUAUUUAUUGUC